AUGUCGAACCCAACCGUCAUGACAUCAAGCGCAAUGCGCCGCCAUCCGGCAAGUCUCUUGCCGCGGAUCGUGCACAAUCCCGCGGUUACUGACUUGAUCCGCUGUCCAGUAUCCCGCGAUAUGGUUGCGUAUCUUGCGAAGCAAGUAACCGAGGUGAUCCAGUGCCCUGCGGGGCAGGCAGAUGCUAGCACGGAAAGGCCUACCGCCUCGCGCAUACAAAACUUGCCAAGUCUGGAAUCAUUCAUCAUGAUGCUUGUGGAAAAAAGCAACGUGCAGGUGCCGACGCUGUUGAGCACGCUCGUGUACCUAGAGCGUCUCAAAUACCGACUGCCGCGCGUUGCCAAAGGUAUGCCAUGCACCUUGCACCGCGUUUUCCUCGCGACGUUAAUUGUUGCAGCCAAGAAUCUGAACGAUUCCUCGCCGAAGAACAAACAUUGGACGCGGUACUGCGUCUACUUUUCGCAGGCCGAAGUCAACCUGAUGGAGAAGCAGCUUCUGUAUUUGUUGGACUACGAUCUGCGCAUCGAGGAAGAGGAACUCAUGUUCCACUUUAGUCCAUUUUUCCGCCGGUAUGAAACGCGUGCCGAUGCAGGGCGCCGCGAAAUGUUCCUUCGUGGGUGUGAGGCGGGCCGCGAAUGCGAUCGAUACACACGCGCCACAGAGCGUCGCGUCGCGCUGCGCAAUUUGCCCGCUUCACAGGUGCCGUUCUGGAACAACAAAACGCCCAGCACGCCCAAGAGUCCGAGCAGGACGGAAGCCAAACGCGGGUCUGUGCCUCUGCUUACGCCCAAUGCAGCGCUCAAGUCCAUGUCGUACAGACAUCAAAUUACGUCCAUUUCUAGUGGCUCGUCCAUCUCAUCGGAAGCAGAGCUUACGGAUGACAAUGGCUCCGCGUCCUCGUCGCCUGACGAUGAGGUGCGCGACUUGGAUGAGAAUGAACGAUUCAUGUCUACCACGCGUCUUGUGGGCGAAAUACAACAGCUGAAUACGGUGGACGCAAACGUAACGCGUGGACAUGCAACCAUGGUGAGUGCGGACCAAACACUGCUCUCCUCGCGCCGCUCAGUACAAAAUCUGCCGCAAAUGGUUAAGGGUCAGUCUUAUGAUACGCCAAGCUCGAACGAGGGAACGCCGGUCAGAGGUGGAAAGACGGGACGUGCUAUGGAUGGAAUGCAGCGUUACAUUAACAGUGUAAUUCCAUCUGGGCUGAAGCGGACAACAAACAAAGGACCUGUUCCGGUUCCGGUGCGGCGCGCAGAUGUGCCUUACUACGCACAGUAA